UGAAGACUAACAUUCAAAAAGAGGCAAAGAAAGAAGGAGAGAAGAAGAGAGCGGAGGAGAGCGGUCUGCUUCGUCUGGGUGUUUCAAGUCUGGACAUGGGCAUGGAGUUUGGCCUGGGAUACGACUAAGGAGAGGACCCAGGAUGGACAACUGAGAAAGAUAAACAGACACACACAAACACACACACACACACGCAGGCUCUGGGGAAGCCGUCUUCUUCCUUCGAGGGGCACCUCCCCUGAGUACAAAAUCAAACAGCAAGGUUGCUUCUCUUUGCACACCCCCGCACACACAAACACACACACACACACAGACCACCUUGCACCCACACACAGCGGUACUCUGCGCCCUGCACUCCUUAGUGAAGUAGGGCUAGCGUGAGCUGGAGGAGAUAAAUGGAGCACAGUGGCCGUGUGCCUGGAGGAAAGAUGGCAGAGCCCAGCUCCAAGAAGCAAGGAUUUAAAAAGUGCCGGAGCGCCACGUUCAGCAUCGACGGCUUCAGCUUCACUAUUGGUGAGCAGAAGGUGGCCAAUGAGGCUGGACAGAGCAGCAGCCCACGGCCCCGGAGCCGAUUUGCACGCUCAAAGUCCCAGAAUGCAUUGUGGAAUGCCAUUACGGCUGGCAUCGGCAUCAAGGACAAAGACAAGAGGGGCAUCCUCAUCGACCCUCGCAGUCCUGAGGAGAUCCUGGCUGACGAACUGCCCACUGUGGAUUCACCAGACGCCAUGGAAAAGACCGCCAUCAGAAGCCAGAGAUCAUCUUCACUGUGGGAAGGUGAGCUGUCCUACUGA